AUGGUUCAUUCCCGCAAAAACACAAAAAGUUUUCUAUUAGGAAAGAAGAAGUCUCUACUGCUGGCAGUUGGAUUCUCAUUGUUUCUUCUAGCAUUACACAGUGGCAUUCUCUAUGAAUCCUCGGACGAGACAUUGAAUACUGGAACAACUUCGAAUCCAGUUCCUAUACAUUAUAGCACUCAAAAUACUAUAAAAUCAAAAGACAUAAACAAGACACUAUCUCCGCAGACGACAAUAGAAGCCAUUCCAUCGGAGUCGUCCCCUACAAAGACACAUCAUGUUCAACCGUUCACUUCGAACUACUGGCCGUGGAAGCAUGAGACAAUAAUAGAAUUGCCAGUUGAUCCUAAAUAUGGUGUUCAUGUGUCUGACAGAAGCUACUUUCAUAACGGCGUUCCCAUGUACAAGCUUCCCUCUGCGUCAUCGUUGCCAUCAUCGUCAUCAGAGAAAUAUAUAGCUUAUUUACCCCAUAGCCAGUUCAACAACCAACGCAUAUCACUCGAGAAUGCCAUCCUCCUUGCUCGUUACACAAACCGUACUCUGAUCAUACCUCCGCUCUUCCUUGGCAGGACACAACUUCCUUGGAAGCCGUUUGACGUGUUAUACUCCCGUUUGCAAAGGCUAAACAAAACUGGUGACGAGUUGUGUUCUUUACCCGGCAACGACGAACGAGAGUGUCUAGAAUUUUACAACCGAUGGACUACUCUCAGAUGGGACGAGAUAUUCGGUGGUAUCGAUCUUUUCUGUAAAGAAGAGGGAAUUAGAAUCAUUUGGGCCAACAGUAUGAGUUUAGAUUGGAUAAAGCGCAAGAUACAUGUUAAAGAUUCAGACAUACAUUACUUAAGAGAUGGUACAAUGUACGGCGCUAAGGUGUAUGACGAUCCCAAGAGUCAAACCAUGUUGGGUGUCUAUGCCGCAAGGCUAGAUGUAGACAAACUCAAAUCAGUCCCUCACAAACUUCUCUAUUUCGAAUCGACUUAUGGCAUUGAGCGCGUAUUACGCGAAAAGCCUGCCAACAAUGCCUUCUUCAACCGCCUCAUUCGUCGCCUAACAAUAACUCAUCAGGCCGUAAUCACAACAGCCAACAAAAUAGUAUCUCGCCUCGGUGGUCAAGGCAAAUAUAUCGGAGUACAUAUUCGAGGCGGCGAUUCUUUCUUUAACCGAAACUUUCCCUCCAACCUCCGUAUUCUUAUGUCUCAACUUCAUACUGUCUAUAAUCUGACUACCUCUCCCAAAAAGACGGUAUUAAAAUACCGCGAUACCAAAAAAUGUCUCCGUCAGAAGAAUUUGCCGCAUCCACCGUUGUACGUUGCCACCGAUUUGGUCGAUCCGAGGCAUGAAAAGGCGUCUAGGCCGUUAUUUAGAAAUUUUUCAUGUGUUGUACUCUUGGAUGACUUUGGACCGCUAUUAAAAAAGCUGGACAAUUACAAGAACAAGAGAGAUAAGUUGUCGUUGAAGCCGUUCCUGAUUCCAAUGGUUGAUAUGCUCGUCGCUUCCCAGGGGAGCAUUUUUGUUGGGACUCCUGGGAGCACGUUCAGUGCAUUUGCUGAAAGAAUGCACGAAACUUUGGUUAAGCAGGAUGACGAGAAGUAG